AUGGCUGCUAGAACACCGUCCAUCCGCGCAUUGUCGCGCUAUCUGCUUCGCCCGCAAGCACCACUCCGGCCCCGCUGUCAACACCACCUUCAACGUAAACAAUACUCCUCGGCAGCACCUGGCGCACGCCUCAAUGGCACAGUAGAGUACGAUGCAACGCCCAUUCUCCACCACACCGCCAAAUCCUCCCUUGCGAACCCCGAGUUCCCUGCAGAUAUACAGAAGGGUCAGACGAAGCGCAUAAACCUCUACACCGCCGUCAACGAAGCCCUGCGAUAUGCAUUGCAAACAGACGAACGCGUUAUGGUGUUUGGAGAGGAUGUGCAAUUCGGCGGUGUCUUCCGGUGUACCAUGAACCUGGCUGGGGACUUUGGCACAGAACGCGUCUUCAACACUCCCCUGAGCGAGCAGGGACUCGUGGGAUUCGCUAUAGGAGCAGCUGCAGAGGGCAUGAAGCCAGUGGCCGAAGUUCAGUUCGCCGACUACGUCUUCCCCGCCUUUGACCAAAUACACAAUGAGGCGGCCAAGUACAGAUACCGGUCGGGGAGCACUGGCGUCAACUGUGGAGGACUAGUCAUCCGCAUGCCAUCAGGCAGUGUCGGACAUGGCGCACUAUACCACACGCAGUCCCCAGAAGCCCUCUUCACCCACACGCCCGGUCUACGCGUCGUAAUACCCCGCUCACCCGUCCAGGCCAAAGGCCUCCUCCUCUCCGCUAUCCGCUGUCAAGACCCCGUCAUAUUCAUGGAGCCCAAGAUACUAUACCGCGCGGCUGUUGAACACGUACCCGUCGACGCGUUCUAUCUUCCGCUCGACAAGGCUGAAGUCCUCAAGACUGGCAAGGACGUCACGAUCGUUUCGUACGGCACACCGCUAUACACAUGCUCAGCCGCGAUAGCAGCAGCAGAGAAGGACUUUGGAUGCAGCGUUGAGCUGAUAGAUCUGCGGACGAUAUACCCCUGGGACCGAGAGACGGUUCUAGAAAGCGUGAAGAAGACUGGACGGGCGAUUGUAGUGCAUGAGAGUAUGAUGAAUGCUGGUGUUGGUGCAGAGGUCGCUGCUACGAUCCAGGAGAAGGCUUUCCUCAGAUUAGAGGCGCCUGUGAAGAGGGUGACUGGGUGGGCGACGCAUACCGGGCUCAUGUUUGAGCAGUUCGUCAUUCCCGAUGUUACUACAAUACCGAUCAUCGCUACUCCAACCGGCUCAUCAAGUUUCAAUGGCGAAGAGUUCAUAAAUAACCUCGGCAGCGACCUGGCGCCUCUCCUGACGCUAUUCGGAGAACAGGUCACCAAACAGUUUCUAAGCUUGUCGCUUGGCUGGGCUGAUCACAUACUCCUCGCUGUCGGUCCGCUAGGAAUAAUCACUACUGUGGUCUCGGCGAUCCGAGUCUCCAACGUCCGAGUGUUGAAGGCUCUGAUCGGUCGUGCGCGGGAGAAGAUCGCGGUAGCGGAGCUAGAGCUACUCUCUUCGACAUCAGAUGCAACGUCGGAACUCUGGACUGAUGAAGGGGUUGUACGUCAACCGGGCCAUGCUAAAAUCCUCGAGCUAGUCGCGUAUAAAGCCAAGUCUACAGCAAAGGCCUCAAGUCAGGAUGUAAUCGAAAUCAAAGCUCCUAGCAAGGUGUGCAUCGGCGACCUCCAUGAAGCCUGUCAGAAACGAGUUCUCAAACUUGCGAAUGAAGGUCAUUCGAAGACGUUCACACACGUGUUUGGCAAACUUAGCUUGAAAUCGAGGAAACAAUCCCAAUUCCUCGCUCAACCCAACAUCGAGGUAUCGCAAACCCCAUGGCUUACAGAGAGGCUCGCCAAACAACCACCAAACCUCACACUCAACGUGCACAAGGCCAUCCCAACUAGCUGCGAACUAUGGACUUUUGCAGUCUUCAGUGUUGCUCUGCAAGUUGUUGCUGUAGUAAUACCCGCUCUCAUGACUUACCACUGGAAGAUAGCCAAGAGUACAAAGCCUGUUCAAAAUUACGCGUAUCCAACUUUCCUCAUGGGAACGAGCUUACUCGUCGGAAGCAUAGCACUGUGCUCGUAUGUCAUCGAAGCAACAACUGCUGAGCAUAAGUUCACACCGACAGACGAUUACGAUGUGAAAAAUGUCUUUCGAUUACAGCUGCAACAGAUCAUUGGUGAUCAGCCAUACGAAGCAUACGUCAUUUUGAAUCAUCUUGAAGAUAGAGAAAUUCGCACUUCCAGAUAUGGCCCAGGCGAGACGCAUGAAAUAAGUGGUCCCUACAACCUAGGCACUGGCAUAGAAGACGAUCCCCGGAACGUUGGUCUAAUCAACCGGCUUAGUGGUUGCUGGGAACGUAUCAAGAGACGCGUUUUCGAGACAUUUCCAGGGUUCGCGGAAUGGACUAUAAAACGUUCGUUCAAGUCCAGAAACAACACUCAAAAGCCAGUAACUAUCGCUGCUGUUGCUUUAUGUUUGAGUGGAUUCAUCUGCCAAUUUAUCGGAUUGAGAGCACUGCACUGGUCCGCUACAGUCACACAGCUUGGUGUCACGCUGCUGAUAACUUGUAUUCGAUCCUGGAUCCGCAGGGGAAUCUCACGUCAGCCGAUAUAUUUUCGAUUGAAUAACAACCCGAACUGGAUCGCCCUAUCCGUCGGUAGUGCUUGCAAAGGUUCAUGGCCCGCCAAGGGUGAGUCCUGGCCAGAGCAAAACUGGCACGAUAGAGAACGAAUGCCUAUGGACUUUGCGCCAUGGCAUUUGCCAGAAAGUAUCAAUAGGACGCUCAGUAAAGAUCUAAUAACCAUCGACGACCCCAGGAUACGACUUCGGCAAAAGUUGCAAUCUGCGCAGCCUGAAUUCGAUGGUGAUCUCGUUGCCCUUGCCGAGAGCCUGAACAACGCCAUACAUGGUGUGUAUCGUAUCGUCAUGCCCUCGACACAAUCGAUCGCGUGGGUGCACAUAGUUGAGAAUACUGGUCUCAAGGACUCUAUCCCACACUAUGCCCGCCUGGAGCUCACAACGGACGGUCGCGAAUAUGAUGGCGGUUCAAUGCAUGCCUUACUAGCAAUGUGGAGGUAUUCAGCGAAUCUAAAGAACCUCAACAUGUGCGUUGCAAUGGUGAUCUCUGAGAAAGACUGCGUGAACAAGAUCAGAUUUCUUGAGGCCCGAAUCGGCUCAACUGUUUCUUGUCAGCUUUUAUCGGUUGAUGGUCAUGUGAGAAACGUCUCAAAACGCCAGGGGUACCCAGUCAGAUAUGUGCUCACCGGUCUAAGUAUCGAGAACAUGCAGGAACCUCACGCGGCUUCUGAAGCUAAUCAGAACCGCUUGUAUGGCUACCUCCUAGUUCAUUUGAGCAAUCCAAAAGCUGGAUACGCUUAUGAAAUGCUUGCAGGCUUCAUGGAUGCGCUGUGGAAAGAGACGGCAUUGAGGUAUAAAUUGGGAAGAUGGUACAAGAGAGCCUCGGUCGAUUACAAGGAAAUCAAAGUGGAUAGGAUCACGAAGUACCUCGUCAAGACUGGUUUAGUGGAGACCGAGAAAGACGCUAAAAUUCUGGUCUAUUCAUCCCUCAUGCGAUGCAUUGAAUGGAAAUGCGCACCAGGUUCAGAUGAACCUGUUCCCACAGACGACCGAUAUCCUGGUCCUUUACCACCAGCGGUUGCCACAGCGGUUGCCACAGCUCACGUCAACAGCCAACAACAAGAUCAACCAAUAAAAGGCGACUCUGCAACCGCACCAGCGAAUGAGAGUCCACAAACUGGCGCUGCAACUACAGAUGACUCUGGAAGUCAGCCCUCUCUUACACCAAGCAUACCAGUACCAACCGUUACUGAGACGGUUCAGGUAGAGAAGAGCUCGAAUGCGAGCGCUACGACUGCCGAAGCUUCUAUGACUCAGCCUACUCUCAAGCCAAGUACACCAGUACCCAGCGCCCUUGAUAUUGUACAAGCAGACACAGAUAAGGGUAAGUGUGCGGCGACUCUAAGCGCCGGAGAAGAUCAAUCUACUUCUACGGCAAGAAGACCGGUAGCUAAGGGCGUUAGAGCGCCGGAAAGGGGAGAGAGUUCGCGAACUGGAGCACAGAUGACGAAAGCUUCAGGAGAGUAG